UCACAGAUGUCGAAGGUCAGAACAUAGAUCACGUUCAAGGUCAAGGACACGCUCCAAGAGGAAGAGGGUAAGUGGAUUCGAUAUACGGCCCCCUGCUUCUGCAAUGUUAGCUCCUACUACGGCCGUUGCUGCAGCAGCAGUUUUGGAAAAGAUCAUAGUCAAUUACACGGUCUGACUUUGUAAGAAGGCUAUGUUGGGUUAGUUUCCCCAACGUGUGCGGACAAUGAGCCGACCUCUCUAGCUUUUAAUAGUACAAGGAGCAAUCAGUGAUUUGCAACGGUUGUCAUGGGUAUUCUUCAUCUUCAACUGGCAGCUAUAUGGCUGUUUUCUAGCCUUAAACAAAUUUUGACAUUUGCAUUUAUGCUUUUCCAUAUUUUAAAGUUCAUAAGAUGUUGGUUUGUUCUGUAAUCAGCGGGUUUAGUUGGUAGGAAGGGUGUUCUAUGUAGCUUUGUACUUGUUGUUUGGUUGGUCUCUGCUCAUCCGGAAAGUAAUAAUUUCUGAUGAUUUCUCUUGUUCUAGCAGCCCAGGUUCCUAGUGUGCCAGCUACCUUUAAUAUUCCAGGGAUGUUCCCCAACGCGCUUGCAAUGAUCCCUAAUCAGCAACUGGGAGCGCUUCCUUUAUUGCCAGUUCAGGCAAUGACUCAGCAGGCAACUAGGCACGCUAGACGAGUCUAUGUUGGUGGCCUUCCACCCACUGCAAAUGAGCAGUCGGUGGCAGCUUUCUUUAGCCAAGUGAUGUCAGCCGUUGGGGGAAACACUGCUGGGCCAGGCGAUGCGGUGGUGAAUGUUUACAUAAACCAUGAAAAGAAGUUCGCUUUUGUAGAGAUGAGAUCUGUUGAAGAGGCUAGUAAUGCAAUGGCAUUAGACGGAAUCAUAUUAGAGGGGGUUCCUGUAAAGGUGAAGAGGCCUACUGACUAUAAUCCAUCCCUUGCCGCAGCUCUUGGUCCGAGCCAGCCUAAUCCCAAUCUCAACUUGGCGGCUGUUGGAUUGUCUUCGGUGUCUACUGGUGGGCUUGAGGUUCCGGACCGCUUAUUUGUUGGUGGGCUUCCCUAUUACUUGACAGAGGAUCAGAUCAGGGAGCUCUUGGAGUCCUUUGGGCCGCUAAGAGGUUUCAACUUGGUUAAAGACAGGGAAACUGGAAACUCGAUGGGAUACGCAUUCUGUGUAUUCCAGGAUCCUUCAGUCACAGAUAUUGCAUGUGCUGCUCUAAACGGGAUUAAGAUGGGCAAUAAAACACUUACAGUGAGGCGUGCAGUCCAAGGUGCGGUUCAACCUAAGCCUGAGCAAGAAGAUAUAUUACUUCAUGCUCAACAGCAGAUUGCUUUACAGAGGCGUAUGCUACAACCAGGAGGCACGCCCACCAAGAUUGUCUGUUUGACUCAAGUAGUUACAGCUAAUGAUCUUGGCGACGAUCAAGAAUAUGAAGACAUAAUGGAGGACAUGAGACAGGAAGGUGGAAAAUUCGGUAACUUGGUGAAUGUAGUGAUUCCGAGGCCCAAUCCGGAUCGUGAUGCAACACCAGGAGUUGGGAAGGUGUUCUUAGAGUAUGCGGACUUGGAUGGCGCAGCAAAGGCAAGAUCGGGGAUGAAUGGAAGAAAGUUUGGAGGAAACCAAGUGGUGGCUUUGUAUUACCCUGAAAACAAGUAUGCGCAAGGCGACUACGAAGGCUGCUGAUCUUUCUUUACUUUAUUUGGACCUCUUCUUAGCAACAAGUUUGAAUCCUUUUGCUUUUGUUUUAUGCAUGGAGAUAUAUUGGUGUGUUGAGAUUAUGACUGUAUAUUAGUAACCUAAAACUACAUAUACUUUUCGCUUUCCUGCCUGGAAAAAACUGUAUGGUAACUUCUUCGAACAUAUUUACUAGAUCAUGCCGCACGGGUAUUAAUUUUCA